AUGGAUGCUUCUGAACGGAUGGGAAAACACACUGUCUCAAAGGCAAGGAAGAAAGCUUCUUGUAGCAUAUACAAAGAGAAAGGACACAACAAGGCUACUUGUAGUAAAGUUGUAGGGCCAUCCAAACAAAAUGGGACAAAGAAACAAAAGGUUAUACCUACGCAGGAGUCUGUAAACGUUGCCACAUGGGUUGGGGAUGAUGAGGUAAUGGUAGAUGCUAGUGAUGCAUUGGAGAGGACUGGUAAGGAAGAGAAAAUGGUGGGAGUCAAUGGACGGGAGGAAGAGGUGAAGGUUAAUGCUUUUGUUCAUCAAGUUAAGCAUGUUAAACCACCUAACAAACAAAAGAAGUCAGAAAGAUUCAUUAAAAUGAAGCUUGCAAUGUGGGAGGUGAAAGUAGUAGUCUUGCAAUGGCCAUGGAGUUGGAUUAGAUAA